AUUUCUUCAAAUUGAUAUAUACCACAAAAAAAUUACAGUAAACUAUCUUUCAUGGCAAUGUCUAGAGCUCUCUCCCCUUCACAAUACCUCUGCAUGCACAUAACCAGCACUGGCCAAAAUGUAAGCAGCAGAAAUAUUCAAGUUUCAUGCAGAAGCUCUAACAAAUGGUCUGUUCAAGAAGAUCUUCUCAGAGCAAACUCGAGUUACAAUCAAGAUCGAUUAAAUACGAAAUAUGCCCGGUUAGUUAAGGAUGUAAAGUAUGCACUAAGGACCGAAGGAAAUAAUAAUCGUUUGGAUAAUCUUGCUUCAGUGGAUUCCCUUCAACGUAUGGGAAUUGAAUACCACUUUCAAGAAGAGAUUGAAUCAAUUUUACAAAAGGAGUACAAGGAAAGUGCUUGUUUUCUCAAGUAUCAAACCCCUUUUGAGGUUUCUCUUUGUUUCAGACUUUUGAGACAAGAAGGUUACCCCGUGCCAGCAGAUGUAUUUAAAAAAUUCAAGAACAAUGAUGGUGGGAAAUUUGGAUUAAACCUGAGCCAAGAUAUUAGUGGAUUAAUUGGUCUAUAUGAAGCAGCACAAGUUGGUGUAGAAGGUGAACACAUACUUGAUGAAGUUGCAAAUUUCAGUGGUUCUCACCUAAAUGCAUGUCUUGCAAAGAAUGGCUCAUGUGUUCAAGCUAGAAUCAUUAAAGAAACAUUGAAGUAUCCAUACCACAAAAGCUUAGCAAGUUACAAGGCCAAAAGCUUCAUUAGUAACUUUAAAGGAAUUAAUGGAUGGGGAAGAAGCACCUUGCAAGAAUUGGCGAAUAUUGGCCACUUCUUAACCCAAGAGAUACAUCGACAUGAAUUGUCUCAAGUUUCCGGGUGGUGGAGAAGUCUCGGUUUAGCUGAAGAUUUGAAGCUUUUGAGAGACCAACCAUUAAAAUGGUAUGCUUGGCCAAUGGCAAUGCUUGCAGAUCCCAAAAUGUCACAACAAGGAAUUGAGCUAGCAAAAUGCAUCUCCUUCAUUUAUGUCAUUGAUGACAUCUUUGAUGUUUAUGGGACAGUUGAAGAAUUAACCCUUUUCACAGAAGCAGUAAAUAGGUGGGAACUGGAUGCCGUGGCGGACUUACCAGAAUACAUGAGAUCACCUUAUAAGGCUCUUUAUGAUACCAUUAAUUCCAUUGGCUACAAUAUCUACAAAAUCUAUGGAUGGAACCCCAUUAAAAACCUGCGGAUGACGUGGGCAAGCCUAUGCAAUGCAUUUCUAAAAGAAGCAAAAUGGUUUGCCUCGGGGGUGAUACCAACAGCAGAUGAGUACCUCAAAAAUGGGCUUGUUAGUUCUGGAGUUCAUGUUGUCUCAAUUCACAUGUUCUAUCUCUUAGGUCUUGGUCUAACCAAUGAGAGCUCUGUUCAUUUGGAAGAUGCAUCAGCCAUGUCCUCUUCCGUGGCUAUGAUUCUUCGUCUUUGGGAUGAUCUUGGAACCGCAAAGGAUGAAAAUCAAGAAGGAAAUGAUGGUUCAUACAUAGAAUGUUACAUGAAGGGACACAAAGAUGCUUCCAUUGAAUUGGCAAGAGAACAUGUGGCUAAACUAAUAGAAGAUGAAUGGAAGAAACUUAACAAGGAACAUCUUCGUUUGAUGAGUCCAUCUUCAGGAUCAUUUUCAAAAGCUUCUCUUAAUUUUGCAAGGAUGGUCCCUCUUACGUAUAGUUAUGAUGAUAACCAGUCCCUCCCUGCCCUCCAAGAAUAUAUCAACUCUAUGUUGUAUGAUGAUUUAUCCAAGUCAAUAAAGUAG